GGGCCCGAAAGAAUAUUUGUCUGACUAUAUGGGCUGGUAGCCAGGAUCUGAACGGUCCAAUAACGUUAUGAAGUUGUACGGCCCAAUUGUGUCGCCCGUUACCCGCCAACGCGAGCCCGGGUUUCUCUCUCCACUUGCUGGUUGCUUUCCUUGCUUGACCAUUCCUUUCUCAUGGUUUUUAAAGAUUGAACACACUUUUUAUUAAUUCCGUUUUGGUGAGAAAAUCCAAUUCUUAUUCUGCUUACGCUUCCAUUAUUAUAGACGGAAGAGUCAGAUCGCGUAGCCUCUCUCUCGCUGUCGCCUCAACGCGAUUACUCAUUCGGCUUGUUGCUCUCUUUUGCUCGUCCGCAGCAGUUUUCGAUCCUUACCUCUAAUCGAGCUCGCCUCUCUUCUGCGAUUCGUACUCUCUGGUUUCAAUCCUUCAAUCCCUAGCUCUAAGGUUCGAUCCGAAAUUUCCAAUCUUUGCGCUUCUACUAAUGAUUUGCACAAUCUGGGUUGUGAUGCUUUUUGUUCUGAUGAUUUGCAUAAAAUUAUAUAUACCCUUUGUGGCGGUCGUUCUCAUGUUGGUUUGCCUUUCAUUUGUGGUGCUGUAAAUGAUGGUUGAUUGAAUUUUGCUGAAUUUGGGUAUCUUGUUGAAGUAGGAGGAGGAGGAGAAAAGGAGGAGGGGAUGGGAGCAUUCGUGUCUAGGUUUUGGUUCAUGUUGUUUCCUGCAAAGGAGUACAAGAUUGUGGUGGUUGGGUUGGAUAAUGCAGGGAAGACCACCACCCUUUACAAAUUGCACUUGGGUGAGGUCGUGACUACUCACCCUACCGUUGGUAGUAAUGUGGAGGAGGUUGUCUACAAGAAUAUACGUUUCGAGGUAUGGGACCUCGGAGGACAAGAGAGGCUAAGGGCAUCUUGGGCAACAUAUUACCGAGGAACUCAUGCCAUAAUCGCAGUCAUAGACAGCACCGAUAGAGCAAGGAUUUCAAUCAUGAAAGAAGAACUUUUCCGGCUGCUGGGCCAUGACGAUUUGCAGCAGUCUGUUGUGCUCGUAUUUGCAAACAAACAAGAUCUGAAAGACGCCAUGACUCCUGCUGAGAUAACAGAUGCUCUUUCGCUCCAUAGCAUCAAGAAUCAAGACUGGCACAUCCAAGCGUGUUGUGCCCUCACAGGUGAUGGCUUGUACGAUGGCCUUGGAUGGAUUGCUCAGCGGGUUACUGGCAAGGCACCAAGUUAGAUGAUGAAAAUAAUGUUAAGGAGUUGCCCCGGAUUGUGUACACCAUCUCUGAUUGUAUUUGAUAUUUGUGCUUAAAACGACUCUCAAAAUCAUAAUCAUGGUUUUAUUGUUUGGCGCAAUGAAAGCAUUUGGUUAAAGAUCUGCUAUGAAAAAAUUAUGCACAAGAAGUAUAACAUCAAACGACUCUCUGAACAACUCUGUAAAAUUCCUUUAGAUCCUCUACCAACAAUUAAGAAUCGAAGUCCAGAGAGUCUGGAAUCAGCAAUGUGGCAGUGGGAGUCAGAGAAUCCAGCACUUGCAGCCUUUGGAUUCUGGGGGACCUUCGAACCAUCGAUCCCAUGAUGGGUUUAUGGGACCAUUCGUUCUGUUAAACACAACAUAUUGUUAUUACUUAGAAACAAGCAGAGUAAAGAGGCAAAACAAAAGGUGAGGAUUUGGUAUUUACGUUUGCAACAGGGGAUCAGGCCUGCUCUCUACAUUGCUCAGCAAUCUAACGUAAGAACAAGGAAACUACAGUUAGCUUACUGGAUAAAUUGCAGUCCAAUAGAAGGAAGGAUUAUCUGCAAAUAAAACCAAUAAGGUGCA